AUGUCUACAAACUCCUUACCCCCGAGUAGCCCACUCAAGCACUACGAUACACCCAGCGGCCUGACGCUUCGAGUUGACUUUGCCUGGACCAAGUUCCGCAAUAUCGUGAGCGAGAAGAACGGCUCCAGUCUUACACCACUCUACAUCCAGCACUUUCGCCCAAAUAAGCCCCAGCUACGUAUCGAAGAUGCUACCAACAACACACAGAUCGCCACCGGCAUUAUCAGCAAUAUCUCAAUCGCUGCAGAGUGCACACUCCACGGUCGGACUAUAGCCAUCAAGCCCCUGAAGAAGUGGAAGACGGCAUAUAAUUACCUUUCCACGAAUCUUUCCUCCACAUCAAGUCCUGUACCCAUAUCAUGGAUCGCCAAUAGCAGCCUGAAGAUCUGGGACUUUGUGUGUCUGGAUUCGACCACCCAGACUCCCAUCGCAAAGUUCUCAGCCAACUGGUGGGCGCUGAAAGAGGUUGGCAACUUUCACUUCGAGAAGAGCGCAGCCGAGGUGUCGAAAGAAGUUCGCGACGAGAUUGUGGUGAUUGGUCUGACAAUCUUCUACAUCAUGGCAUAUAGGAUGAACAAUCCACUGCAUCUGCUUGGCGCGACGUUCGCGAAAGCUGGGAAGGUCGAGGACGAUGGACGUGCGGGCGGUGUACAGAUUGAAGAGAGGCUCAACGACGGAACGAAGCACAAGCACGUCUGA